AUGCUCAAGCGGCUGUUCAAGAGCUCACCAAAGACCCCUCCCUCGUCAGCUUCGCCCGAAACUUCCUUCGAGGUAGAGGAGAGUUCUGAAGCGGCAGCAGACCAGGCAGGGAUAGGAAUCGUGUUUCAGAUAGCGCCUGAUGGCGGCUUCUACAUCAAGAGCAUGGAGCUGGGCGGCUCAGCGGAUGAAUGCGGGUUGCUGGAGGAAGGGGAUUGCCUCAUUUCCGUGAACUCCAAGAAGGCGUUCGGGGUGCCUCCCGACAUCGUCACUCGCCUCAUCAUAGGGCCUGUCGGCACGCCGAUCUCUGUCAAGUUCCGCAGGAAUGUCGUGCUCGACAACGGGACCUGCGAGUUCCAGUACUUCUCUCCUGUCCUCACGCGAGGCAAGACGGCUGAGCUGCCGAAACCGGCGGGCGUCGGGAUUAUCUUUCGGGUGGGAUCGGACAAAGGGAUGUACGUCAAGUCUCUGGCGCCCGACGGGCCGGCAGCGCAGUCGAAGCAGGUGAUGGUGGACGACUGUCUCGUGUCGGUGGACGGGAAGGAAGUGUACGGGAAGCCCGUCACCGACGUCACUCCCCUCCUCACCGGGGCCUUUGGUUCUCAGGUGGAGCUGGGCCUUCGGGCACCCGGGGAGAAGCGGGUGAGAAUUGUGAGGCUGACGCGGGGAAAGAAGGCGACCUUUUUGGACGAGAGGACGAAGAGGAGGAGGAAGCAAGAGAGAUGCAUCAGCAUCAUGGUGCCCGAUGACGCCGAGCCUCUGGAUUUCCUAGAGGCGACAGACGACAAAGGGCAGCUCCUCAGGAUCCAGGUGCCGCUCGGAGCUGUUCCUGGAACGCUCCUCCGUGUUCCGAUCCCCAUCGACACGUCCCGAGCGUCCUCGGACGAAAAGCUGUUGGACUCGAUGCUGGACGAGUUGCAAGCGGUCAAGGGCGACCAGGAUGUGUUCAUGUGGAAGGGGCGACUGUUGCGGAGGCCGAAGAAGAAUGCAGAUGGCUCGAUCACCAUCAUUGAGGAUGAGACAGGUGAAGCUAUCUGGCAUGGCUUCUAUGGUAAGCAGCAGGAGGACCUGACGGCCGACCCUGCUGAAGAGGCCAGGGAGAAACUAACAGCAGAGAAGCGCAAAGAGGCAGAGAAGCUCGAAGCUGAGAAGCAGAAGGAAAGGAAGAGGAAGGAAGAGGAAGAAGCGAAAAUGAUUGAGCGACGAAGGGCAGAGGAGGAAGCGAGGAUCAAUGCGCAGAGGCGGGCAGAGGAAGCGAGAGCGGUUGAGAGGAAGCAAAAAGAGGAGGAGGAAGCAAAGAAACAGGCCGAACAGCUCCAGGUGUCGCUAAGACCUGCCCCGUCAGAAGCUGCAAAGCCUCAGGAGGUCGAGUCUCCUUUAUCUUCUCUGCUCAAUCUUAUUGUCCCGGUGAAGGAGCCAGCCAGCGCCAUGGAUGAUUCUCGCGCGAUGGUCCCAGUGGCUCCAGCAAGAGCAGCUCCGGUGUCGCCGUCCACUCCUCAGGAGCUUGCGAUGGUUCCUCACAACAUCCCAGACCUUCAGGUUUCAAGCUACCAUGCUUCGUCUCCUCCUCCUGCCUUUGCCGAGGCCAGUGGAAGCUCUCUAGCUCGCGUCGACUCGUCGCGGCUCACGGCGUUGCAAAGCGGCGUUGCGCCCGGCAUGCAGGUGCUGAGCAGCGCGCGUGUUGUCUCAGACAUGGCGAACCGAGUGGCGAAGAAUCUGGCGGGGAAGCUGCUGGACAUGCAAGUGCAGCCGAAGCUCGAGGGUCCAGAGGAGAAGUCAUCCAUCUCCUACGAAAACCUCAAGCCGGUCAAGCUGGUUAUCGACCGCUUCGAGAAAUUGCUGGCGCUAUGA